AUGAAGUCCCUCGCCAUCCUCUCCGCCAUCGCCGCCACCGCCUCGGCGGCCUCCGUCGCGGCGGGCAGCGCCAAGCGCGUGAGCUACGACGGCACCAAGGUGUUCCGCGUGUCGGUCGGAGACGAGGUCGACCGGAUCAACAGCGUCGUCGACAAGCUGCAGCUGAGCACGUGGAAGGGCGCGCCGAGGGCCGGCGCGCUGGCCGACAUCGUGGUGCCGCCGACCGAGGUGGCCGCCUUCGAGGCCGAGAUCGCCGGCAUGAACGUCACCACCAUGCACGAGGACCUCGGCGCCGCCAUCGCCGACGAGUCGAGCUUCUCGCUCUACGCUGUUGGCUCGGCCGACGCCACAUGGUUCAACUCGUACCACGCCUACGCCGACCACCUCAAGUUCCUCAACGACCUGGUGGCGUCGUACCCCAACAACGCGGCCAUCGUCACGUCGGGCAAGUCGCUGCAGGGCAACACCAUCACGGGCAUCCACAUCCACGGCACCGCCUCCAAGGGCGUUCGGCCGGCCGUCGUCUUCCACAGCACCGUCCACGCGCGCGAGUGGAUCAGCACCAUGGCCAACGAGUACAUCGCCUGGAACCUGCUGAGCAAGUACUCGACCGACGCCGAGAUCCGGGGCUUCGUCGACAAGUACGACUUUUACAUCUUUCCCGUCGUCAACCCUGACGGUUUCAUCUACACGCAGACUACGAACCGUCUGUGGCGCAAGAACCGCCAGACCACCCCCGGCAGCACUUGCAUCGGCCACGACAUCAACCGCAACUGGCCCUUCCAGUGGUCCCUCACCGGCGGCGCCUCGACGAACCCCUGCGACGAGGACUUCAAGGGCGUCACCCAGGGCGACGCCCCCGAGACCGCCGCCCUCUCGGCCUGGCUGGCCCGCACCAAGGCCGCCCAGGGCCUCAAGCUCUUCAUCGACUUCCACGCCUACUCGCAGCUCUUCAUGACCCCCUACGGCUACUCGUGCUCCGCCGUCUCCGCCAAGAACACCGAGCUGCAGAGCCUCGCCCGCGGCGCCGUCGCCGCCAUCAAGGCCGUCCACGGCACCUCGUACCGCUACGGCCCCAUCUGCUCCACCAUCUACAAGGCCACCGGCAGCAGCGUCGACUACGUCAACGACGUCGUCAAGGCCGACUACACCUUCACCCAGGAGCUCCGCGACACGGGCAACUACGGCUUCGUGCUGCCCGCGGCCCAGAUCCUGCCGACGAGCGAGGAGACGUACGCGGGCAUCCGGUAUCUGCUGCAGAACAUGAAGUAG